CCACUCCUGUGUGAGCCCCGGGCUGAGAAGCACCGCGGCCUGGGGCCCCGUGAGGUGCGCUACCUCUCCGUCUCCACGGGGCCCCAGAGCACAGCGUGUGGCUGGCGGGCCUUCGCCCCCCGGUGCCCUGCAGGUCUUCAACACGCCCAAGGGCCUCCGUUCUUCCUCUGCGCCUCCUUCCUGCAGGGCAUGACGGUGAACGCUUCAUCAACACCGUCAUCACCCUCCAUCGAGCGCCGCUUCGACCUGCACAGCUACCAGAGUGGGCUCAUCGCCAGCACCUACGACAUCGCCGCCUGCCUCUGCCUCACCUUCGUCAGCUACUUUGGGGGCAACGGGCACAAGCCCCGCUGGCUGGGCUGGGGCGUGCUGGUGCUGGGCAGCUCGCUGGUGUUCGCACUGCCCCACUUCACUGCGGGCCGCUACGAGGUGGGGGUGGAUGAGGGGGCCCGGACGUGCCCGGCCAACCAGAGCGUGGCCUGCGCGGAUGGCAGCUCCGGCCUGUCCCGCUACAGGCUGCUCUUCAUGCUGGGGAGUUUCCUGCACGGCGUGGGCGCCACGCCCCUCUACACGCUGGGCGUCACCUACCUGGACGAGAACGUCAAGUCCAGCUACUCAACCGUCUACAUCGCCAUCUUCUACACGGCAGCCAUCCUGGGCCCUGCGGCCGGCUACCUGAGAGGCGCCAUGCUGAACGUGUACACCGAGUUGGGCCAACGGACAGAGCUGACCACGGAGAGCCCACAGUGGGUUGGAGCCUGGUGGGUCGGCUUCCUGGGCACAGGGGCUGCAGCCUUCCUCAUCGCUGUCCCUAUCCUUGGCUACCCCCGGCAGCUACCAGGCUCCCGGCGCUACGUGGCCAUGAGGGCGGCAGAAGCGCAGCUGAGAGAGCGCGGCCACGAGGCGGCAAGCAACCCGACCUUCGGGAGAACCGUCCGAGACCUGCCCCUCUCUAUGUGGCUCCUCCUGAAGAACCCCACUUUCACCCUGCUCUGCCUGGCGGGGGCCACUGAGGCCACACUCAUUGCUGCCAUGUCCACGUUCGGACCCAAGUUCCUCGAGGCCCAGUUCAGCCUGAGUGCCUCGGAAGCCGCCACCUUGUUUGGGUACCUGGUGGUGCCGGCGGGUGGUGGCGGCACGCUCCUGGGCGGCUACUUCGUGAACAGGUUCAAGCUGCGUGGCUCGGGCACCGUCCGGUUCUGCCUGCUGUGCACCCUGAUCAGCCUGCUGUCCUUCCUGGUCUUCCUCACGCACUGCCCCAACGUGCCUGUGGCAGGUGUGACAGCCGGUUAUGGCGGAAGCCUGCUGCCCAGAGGCCACCUGAACCUCACGGCUGCCUGCAACGCUGCCUGCCGCUGCCGGCCGGAGCACUACAGCCCUGUGUGCGGCUCCGACGGGGCCAUGUACUUCUCCCCCUGCCACGCGGGCUGCCCCACGGCCGCCGAGAUGGGCCCGGGCGGCCAGAAGGUGUACCGUGGCUGCAGCUGCGUCCCUCCCAGCGGCUCCGCGGGCGCUGGCCGCGCCACGGCGGAGUGCCCCUCUGCCUGCGAGAGCAAGGCCCUGCUGCUGGCCCUCGUGUUCCUGGUGAUCCUCUUCACCUUCCUCAGCAGCAUCCCAGCGCUGACCGCCACACUGCGAUGUGUGAGUGACCAGCAGAGGUCCUUUGCCUUGGGAAUCCAGUGGAUCGUGGUCAGAACGCUAGGCAGCAUCCCCGGGCCCAUUGCCUUUGGCUGGGUGAUCGAGGCCUGCCUGCUGUGGCAGGACCAGUGUGGCCAGCAGGGUUCCUGCUUCGUGUACCAGAACGCGGCCAUGAGCCGGUACAUGCUCACCGCGGGGCUCGCCUACAAGGUUCUGGGCUUCCUCUCCUUCGCCUCUGCCUGCUUCCUGUACCAGCCCCGGUCGGGAUCUGCUGACGGCACGGAAGCCUCCCUGCCCAGCCAGUCCUCCGCCUCGGAGACCCCCACAGCCCCCCAGCAGCAGAGCGACAUCUGACCCCCGCUGCUCCAGGCCCAGCAGCCCCCUGCUUCCCUGAGCCGGCGGCUGCGCUGACUUCCCCGCAGAAGGGCCCCAGCACCGAGACCCCCCAGGAUCCCUCGGAUCCUGCCCCUGUGGGUGCCCAGCAUCGACUGAGCGACUGAGCACCGGCCAGGGGCUGGGGGCUCAGAGCCUCGAGGCAGGCGGCUGUCUGAGGGGAUGCGGCCUCCAGCCUGGGCCUUCAGGGCGGUGCAUCUUGUGGGCUGCCCCCCAGCCCUGGCUUCCUGCUCCUUCCAAAGGCGCCUGCAGCCCCUGCUUGACCGACCUGUCACCUCCUGUCCUCAGAGCCUGUGGCCUCUGCUCUGGAUGGGGAGGAACUUGCAUGAAUACGUUGGUGGACUCACGCUUUGCAUAGAAGCGCAUUUCAUACCAUCGGCAAAUGCCCGUGAAUCCUGCAGGGAGAGGCCGGUGGUCAGUGGGGUGCUGCCGUCUCCACCUUGAACUCUGCGUAUGUGGAUACAUUUUAAUAUUUAAAGCUUG